AUGAUUCAGCCGUAUUGUAUCGCUUAUUUGGUGAGAUAUUUCAACAAAGACCCCAACACUAGCCAAUGGUGGGCCUCGUGGGCGGCCGCCGGUAUUGUCAUAUCGGCCAUUAUGGCCAUGCUUAUCGCCCAUAUGGCUAAUACAUAUUUCAGCAAGGUGGGGGCGAGGAUUAGGGUCGCUUGUUGUGCCCUUAUCUAUCGCAAGUCCAUGCGUUUAAGUCAUACAUCACUCGGACAGACAACUGUUGGCCAGAUAUUGAACAUAAUGUCCAACGAUGUCAACAGAUUUGAUGAGUUUACGUUUUUCUCGCGGUCUCUGAUUACGGCACCCCUACAGGCGGUGAUUGUGAUAUACCUGUUGUGGCCACUGCUUCGUUGGGCGUGUUUUGCCGGUAUAAUAGUAUUGGUGUUGUUUAUACCAUUUCAGGUACUAAUGGGCCGUAGGUUUCGGAGUAUACGUCAAAAGACGGCCAAAAUAACUGACAGUCGAAUCCGUUUAAUGCAAGAGAUUAUCGCCGGAAUGCGUGUCAUAAAGAUGUACGCCUGGGAACAGCCCUUCGCACAGUUGGUCGCAACCGCUCGCAAGUAA